AACAGAAAGAAAACCACAUUAGAACACACAGUUCAAACUAAAGUUAUAUAUAUUUUGAAAUAUUUUAAACUAUUAAACCACUAUGCCUGCUCACUUGGACCUAACCCUGGAGGAGAUGACCAGGAUUGCCCUGGGUGUUCCCGAACUGACCCAUGUAAACGUGGCUGUCCUGCAUAGCCUUUUGAAUGUCCUGCUCAAGAAGCUCAACUGCCAGAAUGAUGUGGUCAGGAUCAGUGGCUUUGAGGGCAAGUGCAUGGAGCGAAUCCUCGAGCAGUCCAAGAUCUCACCUCUACCCUUCGAUGUGGAGGCAGUGGUGCCCAUUUCCGAGCAACUGGACAAGGUUAAGGAGUUGGAGCAACGCAUCAAGCAGUUGGAAUGUAAGCUAGAGUGCCACUUUCAGCAGAUUCGCGUUUGCAACAAGGACAAGGACAAGAAAUACAAAAUCCACCAGGCCGAGCAAUAUGCCUCUCCUUGCGAGGAUCUCUGCACCGUUUGCGACGAGGACAACAAGAUUGCCUGCAGUCUUCUCGCCAACAUGGACUUUAUGAAGAAACUUAUGCGCCGCAUAGCCACUCCAAUCCUCAACCAAAUGGAGGAGGUCAGCAGGAAGCUCGAAAGAUUCUACAUCACUCUACAGAAUUUCCUCAAGCAAACCGAAGAUCUCUUCAAGCGCUUGGAAAUAGUCAAACAGUGUGUGGUGGAGAUCGAAAACCUAAGGUCCCUUGUCCAGGAAUACAAUCUAACUUUUCUGGGCACCAUGGAGGAACUUCAGGAUAUGCUGGAUAGUAAGUUGGAUAAAGUUCAUAUGCCGGCUUUGAAGAAAUACAUACGGGAUCGUUUUGAUGAUAUUGAUCGCCGUUUGAGAUUGAUUGAGGAGAAGGAUGCUUGUCCCAGGGCUGCUGGCUUUAUCAAUAAUGGAUUGUGCUGCCUAUCCUGUAAUAAUCCCAAUGUAGGAGUUGAUGUUGGUCCCCAGACCAUGGGCGUUUUCCCCGAUGCCCCGAUCAGGAAUAUGCCCCUUUUGCCCACCAGUUCACCGGUCAAUUGCCAAAAGACCGUGGUCUGCCGAUCCGUGGAGAAGGAACCCACUUUGAUGGUGCGGGUUAACAAUCUAGAUCUGAAUGUCCUCUCCCAUCGACUUAAUCGUCCUGCCAAGGGCAAAGUCUGCAAAUUGCCCGAAGCCAAUGACGCCAUCUAUGGCGUUCGCAAUUCCUGUGUUUCCGGUUUCGACUAAUCAGUAAUACCCACUGCUAGUCCCGAUCCAAAUCGAUUCGUUUAAGCAAUAAAGCAUAUAUAUAUGU